CAGAGAAGCAGUUGGUUGGUGGGAGAGCAGUUGGAUUCAGUUGCUUCUGCUAGAUUUGGACUUUUCAAAGCCUGUUGAUCUCGACUUACAUUGUGUGGGUCUGAAAUUGCCCACAAGAUAAAGUGGUUGAAAUUGAACAGAACACCAUGGGCAGCCACAUGGAAGAGGACAUUCUUGAAAAGGAUUUCAGGAUGUUAACAUCUCUAGGUUGUGGUUCAUCCGGGGAGGUGAAGCUGGCCUGCCACCUUCCCACACAUACACGAGUGGCUGUCAAGAUCCUUGAGAAAAUCACCAACAGUGUGGCUGACAUCAGUACUGAAGUGAACAUCCUUCAGUCUCUAGAACACAGGAACAUCGUUCGAUUUUUUGACAUGAUCGACACACUGUCAACCACUUAUGUGAUUAUGGAGUAUGUGGCAGGAAAAGAUCUGGAGAGCUGCCUCAGGGCACUGGGCUGUCUAAAGGAGGAGGAGGCUAGAGGGAUUUUCCGGCAGGUGGUGUCAGCGGUUCACUUCCUCCACCAGAGACACAUCGCACACCGUGAUAUCAAAUUAGAAAACAUCCUAGUCAAUGCAGCAGGAAACGCAAAGCUUUGUGGCUUUGGCAUGGCAAUUGAAAUCACAGAGGGGCAGAUGUUGGAGGAGAUCUGUGGCUCCUUGCUCUAUCGGGCUCCAGAGAUCUUGGCCAAAAAGCCCUAUGAUGGACUGGCAGGUGAUAUGUGGAGCUUGGGUAUCGUCCUGUAUGUCCUGGUCACAGGGCACUUCCCAUACAUGGAAGAAACCCUUGAAGGUAUGCACAGGGUCAUCACUACCACAAUGUGUCCCAUUCCUUACCAUCUGUCAAAACCCUGUCACAUCAUCAUUGCCCGACUACUCAUGGUCCCCACCUGGUACCGAUACACAAUCUCUCAGCUUGUGGAAAGAGCAUGGCUGGGAACCAUUCAACAACAUGUACCGCCUGCCACCAAAGAAAUCCUGCCCAGGGUCGUGGAGACCAUGUGCACCAUCGGCUAUACCUGUGAGGAGAUUGUUUCAUCCCUAACUCACAGGCGAAUAGAUAAUCAUGUAACGGCUACAUGCAACAUUCUCAGAUAUCAGCUGAGUGGUGGGGACAGCCAUCAGAAAGAUCAGAUGCCCUGGUUAAGCAACAGCCCUGCAGUUCCUGUUCGCCUCCCUCUCCCCUUGACCAGGAGAGCCAGUGAACCAGCAUUUACAACCAGAACACAAGCUGGGAAGAGUCACUUUAAGGUGGAGGGUGUGGAAGAAAGAGACAAAAUAUACAGAAGCCACAGCAUGCCCCACAUAUACACCCUCCCGGACGAGCUGCCCUGUUCAGACAACACAGUCCCAGAAAGACAUGCUCUUGUGGCUGAUGUCAUCAACACUGCUACAGAGGACACUAAAGUCAACAGGAAUUCUGUUGAACCCCUGCCUGGCAAUCUCUCCUCCCCUGAAUCAGUCUUGGAGGCAACACUCAUGGGAUUUCUCAACCUGGCGUUCUGUGAGGAAGAUUCAUCCCAUGGGUCAGACAUUCCCAGUGACCAGCCCCAGGUGGCACCCACGACAUCUGGAUCCAGGCCAUUCAGGGUCUGGAAACUGGUGAGGAAGCAAAUUUCCCAUGCACUGAGAGCACUGUGCUGCUGCUGCUGCUGCUGCUGCCUGCCCACCCCAAGUGUGGAAACUGAAAUGGCCCAAUAGAAUUCCAGACCUGGUGAGGAGUGACUGCCACAGAAGUGAGCCAGAACUCAUCUCCAGAGUGCCAGCUCCCUCCAACCCAGGACAACAGGCUCCUGCCUGCAUUCAUCCUCCAGCUAUUGGGUCUGAGCUGCCACUCUGCAUCUCUUUCAGCUUAAUCCAGCUUCAGAACUGUUGUGGGACAAUUGGGGGUCAUAAGGCACUUGGACCCCAUGACCCUCUACCUUCCUAGCUUUGGUUGUGCUUGUAGGACCACUCACACUGCAUGGAAAACAGCAGCCUCUACCACCAGGAAGGACUUCAUACCAAUCUAGGCUGCUCAUCAUCUUGGUCACUUUAACCCCUCCAACUUACUCUGUGACUGCCUUAUGGACAAAACAGCAAGACCUGUAUCUGGGGUGCAGCAGGAGAAAGAUGCAGCACUAUUGGUCAGUGGAGUCCCGUCCUCCUCAGUGCUGACCUCCUUCAUCCAGAAUUCCCUUGCUGUCUCCCACCUCCUGAUCCAAGAAUCUUGCAUCAUUUUUUCCAUCUCAUGGAGGGAUUUAUAACUGACAUUUGACCUUACAUUAACAUUGUUCUGCUCCAAAAUGGGAAGGACACCUUCCAGGUAGGGAGCAGAUCACUGAGUUGGCAAGGGGAAAUGAACUCAACAGGGAAUCCAGGGUACUAAUCUGUGUGAAUCAUGCACCUGAAGGUACGGUUGAGUACAUUUCAGGGAUUGAACUGAAGGUUCUUUCAUCCAGGAUGGACUACAAACAGCAGCAAAGUCCAAAUCUAACCUUCAGAAUAGAAGUCUAUGUCCACCAGUGAACAGAUACCUGGAGGAUCCCCACUGCAGUCCAGGCACAAAUCCCAUGACUUCAACCUGACCAAUCAGGAGAGUCCAGAUUGGCUACCUGGUCUGAUUGAUUGAGUUCUUUCCAUUUGAGCCUUGAGAUCACAGCUGAGGACUCAAGUGAUGAGUUCCUUAUACCAGGAGACACAGGGUGGCGACUUGCAGGUGUGGCCUGAGACAGCAGAAGUCGGAGCUCUGCAGGAAGUCCAGAUGGCAGUGUGCCCACUUCCCCAGCAUGAAGGGUCUGUGUCCAGCACAGGAGGAGGAAAGUGACAGCAAGCUGGAGGCAAAUGGGUACCACUUUGGAUGGAAUGCUGGGACAUUGCUCCACUUUGGAAGUGCCUGGCCAUAUCCUGAAUCGUGGACCCUGAGAACUCCUGACCUGAGUAUGUGCACACUGAGCAUUGGUGACAUGGAGGGAAAAGAGCACCUCUCCCCUCCCCUUCCUGGCAGACUAGCAUGCCAUUGUCUGAGCUCCAGAGGAACUCAGAGGCUCCACACAGCAACAGGAGGACAUGCUGUGGAGUAUGAUGACAUGGUUUCUCUUCCAUCAUCCAACUACAGACAACUACCCCAAACUACCAACAAGACCUGGGGAAUCUACAGGAGUGUCCCCUUGUGGAAGCCUCCCAAUAACAAAGAAAACCUGCCUGAGCAGGUAAAGAAAUAUCUCAGAAGAGCUUUGGGAAUUAAAUGUUCUUCUCUUUCUGAACUCUAGAGUGGAUCUCCUGAGUAGGGCAGUAUCCAUGGACCACCUAUCACAGGCCUCCACUAACAUGAAGAGGCAGAACUUGAGGUCAUACAUUUGGCCCAUUUCUCACUGGUAUUAGGUAAACACAAUUUACUGAAGUAUUUAAUUAGAAUCCCAACAUAAUUUCUAUACAUUGGCAUUCAGAAUGCUUUGAAACCUGGAGGAGAGAAAUCCAAACAAUAUGAGUUCUCAGGUUCUACCAGAUGUUUUUCUAAAGGUGACAGAUGUUUGCACUUCAUCUAUAGACUCAGCAAAAUCCAAUCUGAUGCUCAAACACAAGAUGUAACAACCAAUGGGACCUAAACCUAGAAGACAUGAUAGAGAAUAGGAGAGAUCCCUCCAGACCCAGAUCUUCUUCUUCCAGGACUUCCCACAAAGCCUCAGAGAUCCAUAAAGGGCUACAUGGAAGUAAUGGAGACUGGAUACGUGGAACAGAACAGAAAGCUCAGAAACAGACCCAGCGAAAUCCUGCCAGCUGAUUUUCUCAUAGUCACCCACGGAAAUCAAGGCAGAGAGAAUGGCUUGUCCACCAAUGACUGCAGAAGAUUUAAAAACAAACAAUAGGAAGCCCAUUGAAAAACUGAACACAGUCAGCAUUUAACGGGCACCAAAUUCAAACACUGUAAUGUUCACAUAAACUUA